CCAGCACUGAGAGCGGACGCCACGCAGGAGGACCAUGGCUGGCGACAUCACCCACACCGGGGAGCUCUAUUCUCCCUACGUGGGGCUGGUGUACAUGUUCAACCUCAUCGUGGGCACCGGCGCACUCACCAUGCCCAAGGCCUUCGCCACGGCAGGCUGGCUGGUCAGCCUGGUCAUGCUGGUCUUCCUCAGCUUCAUGAGCUUUGUGACCACCACCUUCGUGAUCGAGUCCAUGGCAGCUGCUAAUGCCCAGCUCCGCUGGAAGAGGGCACAGGCCCGCCCGGAGGACGCAGAUGACUCCUCAACCUCCGACAGUGAAGUGCUCCCGCAGGACGGCUACGAGCAGACAGAGACACAGCCCAUCCUCUCUGUGCAGCGGCACGGCCCUCAGCACCUGUUUGAGAUCACGGACCGGGUGGAGAUGGGACAGAUGGCCUCCAUGUUCUUCAGUAAAGUGGGCGUCAACCUUUUCUACUUCUGCAUCAUCAUCUACCUGUACGGGGACCUGGCCAUCUAUGCGGCCGCUGUGCCCUCCUCACUCAUGCAGGUCACCUGCGCCACCGGCAAUGACUCCUGUGGGGUGGAGGCUGACACCAAGUUCAACGACACGGACCCGUGCUGGGGGCCCUUGCGCCGCGUGGACGCCUACCGCAUCUACCUGGCGGUCUUUGUGCUCCUGUUGGGCCCCUUCACCUUCUUUGACGUCCAGAAGACCAAGUACCUGCAGAUCCUGACCUCGCUGAUGCGCUGGCUUGCAUUCGCCGUCAUGAUCGUGCUGGCGCUGGUGCGCAUCGGGCGCGGGCAGGGCGAGGGGCACCCGGCGCUGGCCUCGCUGGCCGGCGUGCGGAACCUGUUCGGCGUGUGCGUGUACUCCUUCAUGUGCCAGCACUCGCUGCCCUCGCUGCUCACGCCCGUGUCGCACAAGCGCCACCUCACGCGGCUGGUGGGGCUGGACUACGUGCUCAUCCUGGCCUUCUACGGGCUGCUGUCCUUCACGGCCAUCUUCUGCUUCCGCGGCGACCGCCUGCUGGACAUGUACACGCUCAACUUCGCGCGCGGCGGCGUGGUGGGCGCGGCGCCCGUGCGCCUCUUCCUCGGCCUCUUCCCCGUCUUCACCAUCAGCACCAACUUCCCCAUCAUCGCCGUGACGCUGCGCAACAACUGGAAGACGCUGUUCCACCGCGAGGGCGGCACCUACCCCUGGGUGGUGGACCGCGUGGUCUUCCCGGCCAUCACACUGCUGCCGCCCGUGCUCGUGGCCUUCUGCACGCACGACCUGGAGGCGCUGGUGGGCAUCACGGGCGCCUACGCGGGCACGGGCAUCCAGUACGUGAUCCCCGCCUGCCUGGUGCUGCUGUGCCGCCGCGACGCCGUGCGGACCUUCGGGCGCGGCGCCCCCAACCCGCACCGCUCGCCCUUCAGCCACAACUGCUGGGUGGGCUUUGUGCUGCUCUGGGCGCUCUCCUGCUUCCUCUUCGUCACCGCCAACAUCAUCCUCAGCGAGACCAAAGGCUGAGGCGGCGCCUGGUGCUGCGCGCUUCACUGGGACCCGCCCCCACCUCUUGAGAGGGGGCAUCCUUCUGAUCCUCUCUGCCCUUUGGCACCCGGUGGCCCU